ACCCACUCCCCCUCAUCUCCAUCCCAUACACUACACCCAGGCUCGCGGGCGAGCCAUACAGCUGUGCUGUCAGAAGCUGGUCUUCAUACCCCCAUCCCCUAAUCACCCCCCGUCCCAUCCCAAACACGAUGCUCGCCACCUUCGCCCUCACCACGCUGCUGGCCAGCGUGGGAGUCAGCGCCCAAGGCCAGGGCGGAGACCACUACGUCGCCCACCUCUCCCGCGUCCUCCGCCGCGACGCCCGCUACCCCGUCCUCCCCGACUUUUCCCCCCGCUCCGCUUUCCCCGACCCCGCAGGCAUCGGCGGUGCGCACUACGCCCAGUCCCAGAACAAGGUAGCGGGCGGACACGCCUACGUUGUCGGCCGAGACAACUACGAGCGCGAUGCCGCCGGUAAUGUCAUGUACGAUGAGCGCGGGCUGCCCAUCACCGCGACCACAACCGUAGUCGUGCCCAUGACGACUACGACCGUGGUCUGGGUCGACCCAGCUACCCAGACCCCCUCGUCCGCCGUCAGCGAGUCGUCGGCGUCUGCCACGUCUGCUAGCUUCUCCCCCACUUUCGACGCUGGCACCCACAUCGUGAUUCCCCCCGAGCCAUCCCAGUCCGCGUCGGUGUCUGGUACACCUUCGCCUUCUGCCACUGAGUCUCCAACAGGCUCGCCCUCUUCCUCUGCUGUCGUCCCCGGGUCGUCGUCAGCCUCCCCGUCCCUCUCCCCCUCCGCUCCCCCCUCGAUUUCGUCCUCCCCCUCGCCAUCGCAGGAGUCGUCUUCGGUGACGCCUUCAUCGUCGUCGGUGUCGGAGUCGUCGUCGGUGUCGCCUUCGUCCGCCUCAUCGAUGUCGUCCGCAUCGUCAUCGACCCUCUCGACCGCAUCCCCGUCGUCGUCCCUCUCGACCGUUUCCCCGUCGCCGUCCGAGACUUCCGCCACCCCGACCACUGCUUCGCCCUCCUCCGCCGCCCCCUCGUCAGCUACGCCGUCCCCUUCUACCUCCGCCCCCGCUGGCAACGAGGGACUCAACAGGCGCCUCAUGAACGGCUACUGGGCCGAUUGGACGGCCAACGUUGUUCCGCCAGAGUCGAUCGAUUGGAACCGCUUCGACGUCAUGAACUUUGCCUUCGCCAUCCCUACCUACGACGGCCGUUUGGAGUUCACGCAAGCCAACAGCGCUUCGCUCCUCCGCCGCCUGGUGACAUCCGCGCACAGCAAGGGCAAGAAAGUCGUCCUCUCAGUCGGCGGUUGGACGGGCUCGGCGCACUUCAGCAGCAUCGUCGCUGCCGACGACCGCUCGCAGGCUCUCAUCAACAGCAUUGUCGGCGCCAUCAACGAGUACCAGCUUGACGGCAUCGACCUCGACUGGGAAUACCCCGGCGUCGCUGGUGCCCCGGGGAACAGUAUCUCGCCCGACGACAGCGACAACUACAUCGUAUUCCUCCGCAAGCUUCGCCAGGCCGUCCCACAGGGCUCGCUCAUCACCGCCGCCACGCAGGUGUGGCCCUUCGCUGGCACUGACGGCCGGCCUAUGAGCGACGUUUCCGCGUUCGCUGAGGUCUUUGACUGGAUCCUGCUCAUGAACUACGACAUCUGGGGCUCGUCGAGCUCCCCCGGCCCGAACGCUCCGCUCUCGGACGGCUGCAGGGACUCGAGCCAGCCUACUGCCAACGCAUACGCCGCCGUCGCCUCGUGGGUAGCCGCAGGUUUCCCUGCCGACAAGAUUACGCUCGGCGUUGCCGCGUACGGCUACGUCCAGCGCUCGGACGCCAACCAGCUCAAGCACCGCCGUUCGUACCCGCCUCCGCUCAAGCGGCAGAGCGUCACUCUCGUCAACGGCGACGGCGGCACCGCGGACGGGCAGGUCACCUUCCGCGGCCUCAUUCAGCAGGGUGCUCUCGUCAACAGCGGCGGCAACUAUGUCGGUGCCGGCGGCUUUACGCGCAACUGGGACGAGUGCUCGUCAACGCCUUGGCUCAAGUCGUCGAGUGCAGGCCAGAUCGUUACGUACGACGACCCCCAGUCGCUCAACAUGAAGGGCCAGUUUGCUGCGCAGGCAGGCAUCCGUGGCUGCAGCAUGUGGUCGGUCGACGGCGACUUCAUCGACGGCUCGUGGCCGCUCACCGACGCCGUGCGCUCGGGUAUGGGAAUCUAAGCGUUGCCGUGAACCAGGCGCCGCUGUGGAAAUACCCAUACCCCUCUCAACCUCAGCGCGGACCUUGCAGCACCGACGGACACCGAGACAUCCAUGUAGCACACAAAGUACAGUAAAUAGCUAGGGUUAACGAUUAAUGCGAACAAUGCAUGGGUGAAUGGUGG